UUGGGUUCGCAUUUGGAAUUUUCCCAAAAAUGCUCUCUAAUUUUCUUCUCCUGCUCUUCUUGCUCGCCCAUAACCUCUACCUCUCAGCUGCUCCCUUCAUUGGCUACGGAGCAUUGGAAUCUGACGAUGGACUCUAUUGCAGUGAUUCCAUGGUAUAUUGUGGAGGGCCGUCUAUGAAGGACCUCUAUCCUUUCAUGCGAGUUGACCUUCUCAACGGAUCUUGUUAUCCUCAAAUCACUUGUUCACAAAAUCACGUUGUUAUGAAGAUCGGCUCGCUUGAAUAUCGGAUCAAUAGCAUCGAUUACGAGAACCAAACUCUUGUGUUGGCCGGUGCUGAUUUUUUCUUGCCCUACGACCCAGAUUUAUGCGGUUCUUCCUCAAGUUUUACUUACUUUCAGGAUGUUGAGCCUUUUUUCAGCUAUACCGAGCAUAAUCAACUGGUUUUGCUUCUCGACAAUUGCUCAGUUGAUCGGCAGCCGGUCUUUGAUGGUGUCCAUCAGGUCCUUUGCUCCAGCGGUAGUGCUGGCCAAUAUUAUUACACUGCCGUGGAUCACGGUCUCUUCGGGUCAGAAUGCGCAUCGGUUAGCUACGCUGUUGUGAAUCAGAUGAGUUUGGACCUACUGAUCAACAGGGAGGAAGAUGGUGAGGGAUGGCUUCUGGAGGCCCUGAAGCAGGGAUUUGAGGUGACAUGGACGGCACGAGAAAGAAUGGGAUGCGACGCGUGCGUCCAAUCUGGUGGACUAUGUAGGAAUUACUCGUUCCUGGAUGACAUGGUCUUCUGUCAUUGCCUGAAUGGCUUUACUUAUCUUCACAUUUGUCCGGUUCAAAGAGGUAGGUAGUGCUUAAUUACCAUUAUCUUUUUGUUGCUAACAAGUUGCCGUAGAUUUCUAAAUAGUAUUGUCUCCAAGAGGGAUUAAUAUGGCAGAACACCCACGUGCAGCACUCUCCACUGUCUUAUUAUCUCGCAAACUGCGUGCUAACCGCCAUCAGCAUGUGUCCCUCACUAUAUUUGGCUUAGGUCGAGCCUCUCACAUGUUUGAUGACAUUUGGUACUCAUUUAACUUGUUCAAAAUCGAAUUAAGUUUAAUUAUGUCCAACCUGUUUAUAAAAUGAU